AUGCUCUUUAAAUCAAUCAAGUAUGCUACUCAUUGUCAAGAUUCCAUUGCGAAAAGAGUGUGUAGAAGAGCGCUCGUCCACUCAUGGCCGUCAAAAAACCCUAACGAAAAUGGGUAUAUUAGCGAUGAAAGAUCGGGGCCAAAUAGCGUUAGGGUUUCAAAUCUUUUUGGCAGUCGUAGGGAUUAUGAUUCGUGUCAAGAAUCAGGGGAGGAAAUCGAUUCCAAAUUUUCGAGAAAUUACGAUGCGAAUGGUCAGGAAAUCGAGGGUUUCAGAAGGGUUGAAAACGAUGGAGAUGAAAUUAGACAUCCAUUAGUGAAGGAAGUUUGUAGAUUGAUCGACUUACGCUCAAAUUGGACUCCGAACCUUGAAGGCGAAUUGAAACAAUUGGUUCGAAGUUUGAAGCCUCAACAAGUUUCCGCCGUGCUAAGGCAUCAAAAGGAUGCGCGAAUUGCACUUCAAUUGUUUUAUUGGGCCGAUCGACAAUGGCGAUACCAGCAUCACCCCAUCGUCUACAACUCCAUGCUCGAGAUCCUUAGCAAAACUAGUAUGUAUCAAGGCGCUAAAAGGGUUAUUCGUCUUAUGUCACGAAGAAGAAUCCGUCUUCAUCCUGAAGCGUUUGGUUACUUGAUGAUAUCCUACAGCCGUGCUGGCCAUUGGAGAAAAGCGUUGCAGGUUUUCUCGGUAAUGGAAAAAGCUAAAAUCUCCCCUAAUUUGCUUCUAUAUAACAUCGCCAUUUACGUUCUCGUCAAAUCUAACAAACUGGAAAUGGCGAUGAAGAUAUUGGAUAGGAUGAAACUAGUGGAGAUCGCUCCUAAUGAAGUGACAUACAAUUGCUUGAUUAAAGGGUAUUGUGAUGCAGGUCGUAUUCAAGACGCCAUGAAUCUGAUUCAAACCAUGUCUUUGACAAAUUGCUAUCCUGAUAAGGUAUGUUAUCAUACGAUCAUGGGUUUCUACUGUAAGGAUAAUAAAAUCGAAGAAAUUAGGAGCUUGAUGAAGAAAAUGAAAGAAGGUAAUGUAAUCCCAGAUCAAGUUACUUACAAUACCCUCAUUCAUAUGCUCUCUAAAUCCGGCUAUGGAGUUUCUGCAAUUUCUUUUCUAAAAGAAGCUGAACAACACGGCUUUUCAAUCGAUAAAGUCGAAUACAGUGCAAUCAUCCAUUCAUUCUGUGAAUCUGGAGACAUAGAGAAAGCAAAAGAACUUAUGAAAGAGAUGAAGAUGAAAGGUUGUCCCCCUGAUAUUGUGACAUACACCGAUCUCAUAAAUGGUCUUUGUAGAGUUGGGAAAGUUCUAGAAGCCAAAACUUUACUUCAAGAAAUCUCAAAACUCGGUUGCAAACCAAACACAGUUUCAUAUACCGCGUUCUUGAACGGAUUAUGUCGUAAUGGGAAAUCAUCAGAAGCUCUAGAGAUUUUGAACACAAGUGAAGACGAAUUGUGGGUCCCGAAUUCCAUCACAUAUAGUGUUCUAAUGCACGGUUUUAUACGCGAAGGAAAGUUACCCGAGGCCCAUGAAAUAACCCGUGAAAUGAUCCGAAAAGGGUUCUCCCCUACUCCAGCCGAAAUCAAUCUUUUGAUCCAAUCUUUUUGUCAAAACGGGCGACCCAAUGAUGCCAAGAAGUUGAUCCAAGAAUGUCUUGAAAAAUGUGAGGUUAACGAGGUAAAUUUCACAACUUUGAUCAAUGGAUUUUGUAAAAAUCAAGACUUGGAAUCCGCGUUUUCGGUUCUUGAUGAUAUGUACUUGAAAGACAUAAAACCGGAUGUGGUUACAUACACGACGAUAAUCGAUACAUUAGGAAAAAUGGGUUUGAUAGAAAAGGCGAUAGAAAUGAUUAAUAAAAUGCUCGCAAAAAGUUUAAUCCCGACUUUAGUUACAUAUAGGGUUAUUAUAAAUCGAUUUUGUCAACACGGAAGAGUAGAUGAACUUUUAUCUUUACUCGAUAAGAUGGUAUCGAGGCAACCCUACAAGAAUGUUUACAAUCUAGUUAUUGAAAAACUUUGUUUGUUUGGGAGGGUUGAUGAGGCGUAUAAACUUUUAGGUAAAGUUUUGAGGACGGGUUCGAGAACCGAUGUUGACUGUUGUCAUAUGCUUAUUGAAAGUUAUUUGAAAAAGGGCGAUCCGGGGUCCGCGUAUAAAGUGGCAUGUUGGAUGUUUGGACAAAAUUUGGUUCCGGAUUUGAAGUUAUGUGAGAAAUUGAGGAAAAUUUUGUGUGUUUAUAGGAUGUCACGUGAGGCGGAUGAAAUUAUGCUAAGAUUUGUAGAAUGUGGAAAGAUUUCUCUGUGA